GUCAAAACAAAGUCUGGAAGACGGAGAGUCGGAAAAAGAUAUGCUCUUUAAAUUCGAGGAUUUCUCUUAUGUUCUCUUGUUUGAUUUGAGUAUCUCAAGUAGCUGAUUAGUAUGGGAUCCGGCGGGGGAGAAGAUGCCGAUGAAGUAGAUGUGAAUUUGGCUAAGCGAAGGAAGAGUAGGUGCAUUGCCUAUCAAGAUUUCGAGCUCGAUUAUGGUGGAAAAAUUAGCUAUCUUGAAGGUAAAUCUAAUGAGGAUGUCAAGAAAAUGCUUGAAACUAACUACAUUGAGAUUGAUGAUGAUGAUGAAUUUGAUUCUGAAAGUGGUACAAAGGUAGUAUAUGGAGAGGAUGAGAGUUCAUCAAAGGCUACAAAACAACGUGAUGUAGAGGUUAUAGUUAUAGAUAGCAGCGAGAAGAUUAAGAUUUCUUCUAGAAAUGAUCGCGAUUGGUUUAGGGAGAGGGUUAUAGAGAUUCUGAAAAAGCCUUAUGACCAAAAGGAGUACGACGAACUUUUGGAAGAAGUAGGUCACCGGAGGCCAGUGAUAGAGGACAGAGUUUUGCGAAAUGGAAGGGCUGCGUCAUGCUCAGUGCCAAUUGGCAAAUCAUAUCUUGAUCAGUGCCAGGAUCUAGACAUGAAGAUCAAGUCAGCCGGAUCUGAUAAGCUUAAAAUUUUGAACCUCUUGCGUGGAUUUUUCUUUUGGUUGCAGUGGCACUUUCUGAUCCACCUGGUGGAUGCAUAUUUGAUUCAGUGUGCACCACAUGAAGGAGCUUUUAAACCUUGGAAGGACUCAUCAUGCUUGGAAGUGUUGCCACAAGGAAAUGUUGCCUCCGAUUCACAUGACAUCUCUUAAGAUCUUAAUUAGAAUCUUGCUUGUGAAGUGAAGGUAUGUCCUGGCAGACAAGAUUGUACAUUUAACUUUUGCAUCAGUUGAAGAUGUUGACACAGGAAAGCCAAGUUUUGUGGCUGAUGGUGUUUUGUUGAUGCAACUUUUGUUGAAUUUUGUUGGGGACAGUCUAUUUAAGUUAACUUUAUGUAAUCAGAUCAUGUCACAUCUCACAACCUUAAUAUAUUAUCUAGCUGCUUGGUUUGAAUC